AUGCAUGAAGUCCCCAGAUUAACCCAGUCGGUACCCAAUUCUCCUAUAGAAUCCCCAGUUGGGACUCCUGACUCCUACAAAUCACCGAUCCUUUCCAGAUCCUUUCAUCAAGAUUUACAGAGCAUAUAUGAAGAUGACAUUUUCGAAGGAGGCUUGAAACCACCAAGGAAGAAUUCAUCCAAUUCCAUAAUCAGAAAAGUAAAGAAAUGGAUAGCUAAGAAACCCAAAGUUGAUCCUUACAAGAUAGAAUAUUCAAUCUUAAGCAAUAACAAUUUUGAUGAGCCCAUUCCCGUGAUACCUUUCAAGGAGAACCACUAUUCUUUGAGUGAUUUCAAUAAGUUGAUAAAUCAAAUUUUGAGAAGCAUAGAUAAAUUUCCUCCUCAAAGGAUAUCCAAAGGUUCUAGUGGUAGUUACUUUGUUUACAUGGAAGAUGUGAAUCCUUUUGAACCGGUUAUAAUAGGAGUUUUCAAACCAAAGUCAGAGGAACCUUACGGGCCCUUAUCACCCAAAUGGCAGAAAUGGAUUCAUAGAACUUUUUUCCCAUGGUUUUUCGGUCGUGGUUGUCUAUUAUCAAACCAAGGUUAUAUUUCAGAAGCAAGUGCAAGCUACAUUGAUCAGAUGCUUCUCAGUUUCAUAGUCCCCUACACUGAUAUCAUAUAUUUGAAAUCGUCAUCAUUUUAUUACGGUUUCUGGACAAGAAUAUCUUCUCAUCCUAUCACCUGGAAGAUUGGCUCGUUCCAAGUAUUCUUAAAUGGGUACAUAGGAGCAGACGAGUGGUUCAAAGUCUACCCUCUCUCUGAUUUUGAUUAUUUGGAGGAUGAUUAUGUGAGCAAUGAAAAGGACUUCAAAUGGAGCAAGAGGAAUUUAAUACAAUUUCAAGAGGAAUUGGAAAAGCUCGUGAUCCUAGAUUAUCUCAUAAGGAACACGGACAGAGGAUUAGAUAAUUGGAUGAUCAAGUGCGAGUGGGUUGCAGAUGGAGGAAGCUUCAGGCCGUUUUUAAAGAUUGGUGCUAUUGAUUCUGGUUUGGCAUUUCCUUGGAAGCACCCGAAUGAAUGGCGAUCGUUUCCUUACGGCUGGUUAUUCUUGCCCUCUUCUUUGGUGGGACAACCUUUCUCUAAUCCCACUAGACUACAUUACCAAAAACUAUUAACUUCCAAGAAUUGGUGGGAGAAUACCAUCACAGGAUGGAAAAAGAUUAGUCAAAAAGAUUCAAAUUUCAGUGAAAAAUACUUCAGAAGACAAGUUUCCAUUAUGAAGGGACAGGCAUUCAACAUCAUUAAGAUUUUCAAUUCCAAUGGAUCGCCUAUGGAUUUGUCGAAAUGCCAGCCGGUGGUUAUUUGGGAUGACUUUAUUGAUGUUCCCGAAGUAAAUGAGGAAACAGAUCUUUUGAGAACAAAGAAAGGAAUUGUAGAAAGGAUGGAAUUAAUCGAAGGCAAGCCCUUCUUCUCCGGGUGUUAA